AUGGUGUCAAAAUCCACGCGAACUGCAACUGCAGCAGCAACAAGAGCGGCUGCACGCAUGCGAGCGGCCGCCGUAAGUGCAUCUCACACAUCAGCAGCAGGCGAUUCGUCGCCUGUUGUCGUGAAUCCUCUACGUGUUGAGUCACCACGUGCGACCGGUACAUCCGCUGCGUCUGCAGCGGGUACUGCGAGUCGUAAUCAAGACGAGUAUGAGAUAGAGCUCAUCUAUUCUGGCGAGUCGGAUGAUGCAUCCGACUCGGCGGCAACUCCUCACGCCUCCGGAUCACCCGGGGAGGACACUGCAUGA